AAUUAUUCCAAUCACAAAUUUCCAUUACAAAGUGUAGUGAACGACUGACAGCUCGUCUGAUGAUACUAAUAAUAAUCAAUUAAAAAGUGCUCCGCCAACAAAGUUCACAACUUAUCUAUGUUCAUUUCUCCAUUCACUACGUAAUUAUUACGUAUUUGUGUAAAGUGCAUGUGGUGAUUGGUCGUGUACAAAUAGUGUUGACGAUGGUGUAAUGUGUUCUCGCUGAGCAUAAAAACUUGUUUAUUACGUUCCCCAAUUUAAUUUAACUGCUAAAAUGGCACCAAGUUUUAGUAAAUUUACCUCAAGGACAGAUGUAAAAAUCGGGUUAGCUGCAUCCGCGGCUUUGAGUGCCUGGGUAAUUAGGAAUGCUUUAAAGUCAAGGAAACCAAAAAAAGGGAAACCUGGCCAGUUAUCGCCUGAAGAAAGAGUACAAUAUAUGAUCAAAGACAAAGACAGAAAGGGACCAAAAGCUCAAGUUGAUGCCCGGUUCUUUGCAGAACUGAAAGUACUAUGGCACAUCAUGGUACCAGGGUUGUGGACGAAGGAAAGCGCCUUCAUGUUCCUUAUUGCUCUGUCAUUGAUUUCGAGGACUUUGUGCGACCUGUGGCUUAUACAGCACACAACUUUGGUUGAAGGGUCUAUAAUCACAAUGAACCUCAGCGAUUUCAGAAUGCUCCUAGGAAAGCUAUUUAUGGCUAUGCCAAUGAUAUCAGUAGUAAAUAAUGUUUUGAAGUGGAGUAUAGGUGAGGUGAAACUACGAUUGCGGACCAAUCUCUCAUUGCAUUUGUAUCAACAAUACCUGAAAGGAUUCACAUAUUACCAAGUGACGAAUUUGGACAACCGGAUAUCGAACGCGGACCAACUCUUGACCACGGAUAUAGACAAGUUCUGCGACACCGUCAUAGACCUCUACAGUAACAUAAGCAAGCCAUUGUUGGACAUCUCCAUAUACUUGUACAGACUGACAGUCAAUUUGGGACCCUCUACACCCGGCAUCAUGAUGGCCUACCUAUUCUUCUCCGGUAUAUUCCUCACUUAUCUAAGAAAACCUACAGCUCGAAUGACUGUACAGGAACAGAAGUUAGAAGGUGAAUUCAGAUACGUUAACUCGCGGCUCAUCACAAACUCUGAAGAAAUCGCGUUCUAUCAAGGCAACCAUCGAGAGCAACUGACCCUUCUGGCGAGUUUCUACAAGCUGACGCGGCACUUGAGGAACUUCCUCAACUUCCGCGUUGGCAUGGGCUUCAUCGACAACAUUGUGGCUAAAUAUGUUGCUAUCACAGUUGGCUUCUACGCAGUAUCGCGGCCCUUCUUCGUGAAGGAUCAUAAUCUAUUAACUACGGGUACUGAGCAAGACAGAUUUAGGCAUUAUUACACUUAUGGACGUAUGCUCGUCAAAAUGGCGGAGGGAAUCGGCCGUUUGGUUCUCUCUGGUAGAGAGCUUAGCAAACUGGCCGGUUUGACUGCGAGAGUGACGCAACUGAAGAACGUUCUAGAAGAUGUCAAUAAAGGAAACUACAGCCGGACCAUGGUCGAAAGGCAUAGCAAUGGUGGUAUUCCACCAAUGGCGUUGACACCGGGCGCAGGUCGCAUCGUAUACCAGGACAAGAUCAUCCGGUUCGAUAAAGUUCCACUUGUCACACCCAAUGGAGAUAUCCUCAUAAAGGAGCUGACCUUCGAAGUGAAAUCCGGCAUCAACGUACUAGUGUGCGGUCCUAAUGGAUGCGGCAAAUCUUCUAUGUUCCGAAUGUUGGGUGAACUUUGGCCAAUAUUUGGUGGAACACUCACCAAGCCGCCCAAAGGCAAACUGUUCUACGUUCCCCAGAGACCGUAUAUGACUCUGGGUACAUUUAGAGAUCAGGUUAUUUACCCGCAAACGCGAGAGGAAAUGUUACGUCGUGGGCGUACCGAUGAAGAGCUGAACAGUUUCCUGGAGAUCGUACAGUUGUCUUACCUGACCAAUCGGGAAGGGGGCUGGGACGCCGUCGAAGAUUGGAUGGAUGUUCUCUCCGGUGGAGAGAAGCAGAGGAUAGCUAUGGCCCGCUUGUUCUACCACGCCCCGCAAUUCGCGAUCCUGGACGAGUGUACGAGUGCCGUCUCCGUUGACGUGGAAGGUCAAAUGUACCAGUACUGUCGAGAGAUGGGUAUAUCUCUGUUCACGGUCUCCCACCGCAAGUCUUUGUGGGCGCACCACGACCACUACUUGCAAAUGGACGGUCGGGGCGGCUACGUGUUCGAAGAAAUCGACAGCGAAACGAAGGAGUUCGGCUCGUGAUCGCCGCUCACAACAAUAGUUAUAAGACUCAUGUGAAUUCAACGUUAUACACGUAACCAGCAAUAAUACUUUCCAUUUCUACCGCGCACUUGCAAAUUGUGGAACAAUCUAUAAUAUAGAAACAUGCGUUUAAAUCCUUAUUACACUUCAUGAUAUUUGGUAGUUACGGCAGACCAAGGCACAUACCUCAAAAAGCCAUGUUUCAGAAACUAGCGACUAAAUUAAAAAAAAAAAAACCGUCACUGAAAAUGUUUUUUACGCGUUACGCAAAUGACACUCGCAGCACUCGAAUUUUAACAAAACAUCUGUAACAGUUAGCGACUUUAUUGUUAUUUUUAAAUCUUGACG